AUGACAGAGACAUCAGAGAGAGUAUAUCCAGCCUCCUGGAAUGCUGAACUUAGAAAAGAAAUAGCCAUGUUUCAUUCGGCAAUGGGGACAGAGCGAACAGCCCUCAAUCUGAAAAAUCCAGUGCGCGUGAGGAAGGGUAUUGAACAAAUGAUGGAGUUUCCGCUACCGGCUGGAGUCGAGGUACUGUCUGUCUCCAUCCCGAGAGUCGCCUCACCUGGACUGGAUUCCAACCCACACGGUGAAAUCCCUUGUGAAUGGCUAGCGCCAUCGGGCAAAUUGAACGAUUUAUCACUUCCGGUGGUGCUGUUCUUUCACGGGGGUGGUUACUGCUGGAUGAGCUCCAAGACUCAUAGGAUUAUCACAGCCCGACUCGCUCUACGAAACAUUAGGGUGUUGUCAGUGGAUUACAGAAUGAGUCCCGAAGAACCUUUUCCAGCUGCAGUAGUCGAUGCAUUCUCAGCUUAUAAAUUCUUGUCAACUGAUAAUAUUGAUUUGCGCAGAGUUGUCAUCAGUGGAGAUUCUGCAGGUGCUGGACUUGCGGUUGCUCUGAUGAUGUAUCUACGUGAUCGGAACGAAAAGAAUCCUGCUGGGUGGGCUCCUCUAACUCCGUGGAUUGACCUUCGAUGUGAUGCUCCAAGCCAGCAUAUAGGGCAGGAAUUCCGAUCGGACGUUAUUGAACGAGGCUCCUUGUUGCUGAAUGUUUACGCGUACACACAAGGUGACAACGGACUUAACGCCACAAAUCAUUUGGUAUCUCCCAUACUGGAUUUGGCCUCUAAAGGGCGACCAUUCCCUCCUAUCUGGCUCUCAACUGGAACAACGGAUUCACUGUUGGCUGAAACAAUAGUUUUGGCAUUGACUUGUUUACGGUCCAGUGAAUCAGUUCACUUGAUGAUUUACGAGGACAUGAACCACGCCUUUCAACUUCGUCGAACAGCGAAUGCCGGCGAACAUGCUAUUGACAGGCAAUCUGAUUUCAUCAAGGCUGUAACAUCAGCAGGAACUUUGAAAAUGAAGAAUCACCUCGCCUUCGUGAAAGCAAACACAUUUGAAGAGGUACCUCUGUCUGCAACUGAUGUGAAAAACACUCUGAAAAGACUGAUUGAGCGUGCUGAGGCCAUUAGCAAACGUGAUUACGAACCGUAUCGCCAAAUGGCGAAUGCCUCGAAUAUCAUGCAAUUUAGGAAAAAGUUUUACAGGCUGAGUGGGCCAUCGCAACAAGUUGUAGUGAAUGGUGAUAGCCAUAUAAUGUCUUACCCUGACGCUGAUGAUUUCAACGAGUUGAUCUCCGAACAGAACAACAGAGCUCAUACGGCAGAGAGCAUCAUGACCAUCCAGAAUGAUCCACACAAUCAAUUCGUCCUACCUCCUACGUCUAGAAGGCAAUAUGCACCGUAUCCACCAUUAGAUUAUCACCCAAGCAUGGCCUAUCCAGAAUUAACACCAUACUAUUUACCAACGUCUUAUCCACCCCCGACUUAUGCUUUCAAGUAUGAUGAGGAUGGUCAGUUGCUGCCCCCUCCUACAACUCCGAUACCGAGCCACCCAUACUAUAGCUAUCCAAACAUACCCCCUCCGCCGUAUCCUCCAAUAUAUUCCAUGCGUCCACCGCCGAUAUUACCACCAUGCUGUCAGAGACUGCAACAACAACCUCCACUACCUGGCGGAGCUGCUCUUCCAAGGAGAAGUUCUGGACCUGUAGAUCAUCACCAUCAACCUCAUAUAUUAAUGCCACAAUACAGACCACAGCAACCAACAGGACCACCGUCACCUAUAUCACCUAGAUCGAUAUCGCCUCCACCUGUUAUUCAAUACGAGACAGUACCUUCUGAACGCAAGAAACGAAAAUCGGCAAACGCCAUCGAAGUCGCAGCUCAGCGGCUUGGAGACGAUGGACACCCGAUUAUGAUACUCUCAACACGAUAUGUUUGCUCUCAUCAAGGAUGUGGCAAGACGUUCUCAACAUCUGGACAUUUACGGAGACAUGCCAAGGCACACACCGGAAUCAAACCGUAUGCUUGCCCAAUAGUUGGUUGUCAAAGCAAAUUCUCUCGCCAAGACAAUUGUUCACAACACUACAAAGUGCAUCAACGUCGACUUGACCAAGAACGAGAAGGACGAACAUCUACAUCACCAGCCUCUCAAUCGAAUAAUACGCCAAUGACAAUAAAUAGCCUAAAUCCGUCCCCAGCUGGUACAUCAACUGAAUCAGAUACUUCGCCGUACGAGUCGGGAAGUCCAUUUGAAAAUCAAGGAUAUGACGACUAUGGUUUGCCAACCUCACCAAACUUUGGUUUACCGACUCGUAAUCGCAUUGACAUCUUGCAUACACCACCAGACAUCCUCACACCACCGAACUCUACUCCGGGUGGCCUGAUGACACCGGCAGUGUCGACGCCAGCCUUCACACCUAAAAAUGAAUUGGAGGAUGUGGAUCUGUCACGGUUUGCCGAUGCCUUGUCACAACACAAUAGGAUGAAUGGGAUUAGGAAAGGGGAAGACGAUGUGUGA